UUUCGUGGUUCUGUGAGUUGGUAAGCAGAUUAUUUCUUUAUGUCUGGUAUCAUACUUGUGAUAUUCAGAGCACUUUUUUAAGCUAUGUAUAUUCUUACGUAUGAACAGCAAGGAAUUAAAUAUAUAAAUACAAGGAAAACAAAGUAUUCGAUUCUUGAUAAAUGAUGGUCUACAAGACUCCCGGGGUUUUAAGCCGAACAUCAACCUAAUGAUUCUCUUCUGAGAAACAAAAACCUCACUCUUACUAGGAGAUUCUCCCCAUAGAAUGGUGUUAUAAUUCAUAUGGGAGUAGGCUAGUGAAUAAUAUACUCCUAUCAGUGAUUCCAAAGGCAAAAUAUUUUUUAGUCGCCUCAAUGCAAAAAAUGCACUGCUCAAUCUAGUGCAGACAUAAGCGCAGUGAGUUCGCCAGUUGAGCGUGUUAUCAAUUCGCAAUCCCAAAAAUUGUACACAGUCAGAGGACUUCAAGUCUCCAUAAGGGAGUCUCAAAGUGAGUUCGUUACUGUAGUUCCGAGUCUGAAAAUACAGUAGGCCCGUUUUUUCAAUGUUGAGAAUGAGUAAAUUUUUUUUGCACCAUUCCGAGAAAUAUUGGACGAGCAUCCCGCAUCUCACACGCAAUUCCGCAAGGCCAGGGGCAGCAAUAAGAAACGAUGUAUCAUCUGCAAACUGCAGGAUCCGAAUACCCGAGAUUAAGUUUUGGAAUUUUUCUUUCAAGUAACUUUGGAUAUCAUUCACGAAUAAUAUAAAUACCAAAGGACCCAGAAUAGAUCCCUGAGGUACACCCAUUUCAACAGGGUAUUUAUCGGAAUUUAUUUCUCCUAUACGAACAAACAUCUUACGAUCUGUUAAAUAACUUCGAACCCAUUCAAGGAAAAUCCCUCUGAAUCCGAGACUAUACAGCUUGUCCAAGAUGAAUUCAAUAUUUAAGGUAUCGAAUGCACGAGAUUCAUCAAAAAACAUUCCCGCCACCGAAACGCCAUUAUCCAGAGAGUCGUAUACGAACUUCACAAAAUCGCAUGCCGCUGUUCCAGUAGACCUGCCAACUCUAAACCCGUGUUGGCAGUUCGUUAUGAUAGAAAAUUUGUCAAGGAAAUUCAUAAUUCUGUCAAAAACUAAUCUCUCGAUAAUCUUUGACAAGGUACUCAACAAUGAUAUCGGACGUUUUGAGCACCGAUGGAAAUUCGCCGGAGGUGACCGAGAGAUUGACCAAGCUCUUUAUUACUCUCAAGACCUCUUCAGGCAUGACCGGGAAGAAGAAAAAAUUAAUGUCGGCCAACCUCUCGGUUGUACAGGAGGUAGAAUUGUAUGCACCAUAGUGCUCAUAUACACUUCUUUUGCCAAUGGUAGAAAAAUAUCUGGCAAACGCUUCAGCUACUUCACCGCAGUCAGAAACAACGUUACCAUCUAUUUUGAGGGCAAUUUUUUCAUUUUGAGAAUUUAGACACAUUUCGUCUUUAACUAUUUUCCAUACAGUCUUAUUCUUAUU